GGCAAACCCCACCUGACGUAUUUGCAUAUAAAUAAGCGCAAUCCCCAAAGUUAUUACACGAUAGGAUUUCACUAGUCCAUAGACUAUUCCUUCAAAAGCUACACACGUGAAUCGUCACACUAGCUCAUCUCAAUCUCAGGUAUUUAGGCCCUGAUAUAAUCACAUAUACAUCAGACAACCACUGAAUCCUACAGGCGACCAAAACUGACAAGGACACUAAAAGGCCCAAAAGCACUAUACAAUCUACGACAAUAAAAACCUUAAUAUGCCAGUUAUCACCAAUCGAAACAUUGUUACCUCCAACAUUAACGAUGCUGCCUCUAAACACAAUCCAGCCAAGGUUGUGUGUGUUUACUGCGGCUCUGCUUUCGGCAACAACCCGAAGUUUGCCACCGAAGCUGCCAAGCUUGGAGAGCUUAUUGCGUCCAAAAACUGGGGGCUUGUUUAUGGUGGAGGCACCACCGGGCUUAUGGGCACCGUGGCCCGCGGUACCACCAGUCAAGGCGGCUACGUCCACGGGAUCAUUCCGCAGGCACUAAUUGCGCGCGAACGAGCCGACACCUCAAUCGAUGAAUUCAACGCGAGGGUCCAGGAAACAGUGGACAAACACGACGGAACCACCCCUGUGCCAGAGAUUUCCGAUUACGGCUAUACCACCGUUGUGAGUAACAUGCACUUGCGCAAGCAGAUCAUGGCUGAGGAGGCGGAAGCGUUUGUAGCGUUGCCGGGCGGGUACGGCACCUUGGAGGAGUUGAUGGAGGUUGUCACAUGGUCGCAGUUGGGUAUCCACCAGAAGCCGGUCGUAUUGUUCAAUAUGGACGGGUUUUACGACCUGUUUAUGGUGUUCAUCAAGAAUGCGAUAAAGUCCGGGUUUAUUUCUGAGAAGAGCGGAUCAAUCAUCGUGGUAGCUAAUACCGCAGAGGAAGUGAUCUCGGCGAUUGAGAACUAUGUCGUUCCGGAGGGGAGAUUCAAGUUGAACUGGGAUGAGAACAUCUCGAACAUUUAAGCCACAAGACUUUAUACGUCAUGCACUGACAGUAUUGCUAGCGCGGGAGAACGGACUCACAUUCCCCUCCUAUCGCUGGCUUACUUUCGGUACUUUUUUUUCAUCCUUUCGCAAAGGUUGCAAAAGACCAAAAUUAGGUAGCUUGCUAUAUAGAUGCCGGCUCAAUACAUAAGUAUCAUAGAUCGAUGCGCUG